GUCCCUACUGAGCUGCCAUACUAUCUAAGGUCACGUGCUUUUGUUUACUAGGAAGGAGCUAGUAGCUGCUAUUACCGACUAUACAGCUAGUAUUCCAUAAAACAUACAUACAGGCUUUAAAGUCAUUAAACAAAGAUGUAUUUUAAAAAGCAGUUAGGAAAGAAGAAUUCAAUGUCCUGUUACGCUCGUUAGGAGUGAGUAACGGCAAUGUUAAAACCUAUGAGAGCUAAUGCUAACGUUAACUAAGCUAACGUUAGCUAGCUAUCAUAUCACGAACUGUCCUAGCUCUAGCUCAUUAUUGUAGUUAUGCGGUCCUUGAACUACGUUCAACGUGUCAGCUUGGAUUUUACAGGAACUCUGUUUCCCCAUGCUAUCUGUCUGGGAGAUGCAGACAACGACUCGUUGAACGAGCUGGUUGUGGGGGACACCAGCGGAAAGCUUCUUGUGUACAAGAACGACGACUCCAAACCCUGGAUCACACGAACCUGUGUGGGCAUGCUGACCUGUGUUGCCGUUGGAGAUGUCUGCAACAAAGGAAAGAACUUUGUGGUAGCUGUCGGUGCAGAAGGCUGGUUUCACCUCUUUGACCUGACAGCUGCCCCCCCAAGUAAAUCCGAUUCAUCCAGUCAGCAUGAAUUCAUGUCGCCUGAUGACCAGAAGCCCCUCUUCACCCAACAUAUUCCUGCAAACACUAAAGUCAUCCUCAUCAGUGAUAUUGAUGGCGAUGGCCGCUGUGAGCUGGUGGUGGGCUACACAGACCGAGUGGUGCGAGCUUUCCGUUGGGAGGAGCCGUCUGACAGUACAGAGCUGGCAUCUGGACAGCUGGUUCUGCUGAAGAAAUGGCUUCUGGAGGGUCAGGUGGACAGUUUGUCAGUGAACCCGGGUCCAGAGGGUCUACCAGAGCUGAUGGUGUCUCAGCCAGGCUGCGGCUACGCUAUCCUGCUGUGUACCUGGACACAACAGGACUCCAACAGCUCAGGGGAAGACGCCCCCGAAACCCCUGGGAGUGAGGGGCCGUCCAGAGAUGUAGUUCUGCAUCUGACCACUGGGCGGAUACACAACAAGAAUGUUUCUACUCAUCUUAUCGGAAGCAUCAGUAAAGGCUCAAAAGAGGAAUCUUCUAAAUGUGGACUGUUCGCUCUCUGUACGUUAGAUGGUACCCUGAAAUUGAUGGACAGCUCAGAACAGCUCCUGUGGUCCGUCCAGGUGGAUCAUCAGCUGUUUGCGCUGCAGAAGCUUGACGUUACUGGAGACGGCAGAGAGGAGGUGGUAGCGUGCGCCUGGGAUGGUCAAACCUACAUCAUUGACCAUAAUCGGACAGUAGUGCGGUUCCAGUUUGAUGAGAAUGUCAACGCCUUCUGUGCGGGUCAGUACACAUGUAAGGAGGGUAAGAACAGCCCCUGUCUGGUGUACGUGAGCUUCAAUCAUAAAAUCUACAUCUACUGGAAGGUGCAGCUGGAGCGCAUGGAGUCCACGAAUAUGCUACGGGUCCUGGAGGAGAAACCCGAGUUUACGAGCCACCUGAAGGCGCUGGGAGUCGAUACUGUGGACCCGGCAGCAGUGAGAGCGCUGGUGGCAAAUGUUCUCUACAAGGAUUCACAGACUUAGCACACACAUCAACACACUGCUGUCACACUGCUGUCCCCCCCCCCACGCUGACUGUAAAUACUCUUAUAUAUGUUAAUAAACACUGAUUAUCUGUUUCCU